UUGAUUCCUACGUAUUAGGUGAAACUCCCCAUUUGAUAAACAGUUCUGUCCUGUCCGAAACCAGCAAUGCAACUCCAACUGAUGUUAUUUCUCUGUGUGGCAGUCUGUUUGACUGGGGGGAAAGCGGUUGCCGGAAAAGGUCACUCUAAGUUCCGGGCACUUUUACUAACAGUUCGUACACGUCCAUCUGACAUUGGUCAUGGGUGUAACACUACAUCUUCGGUAUUCCAUGUCCCUGUAUCAGCUCCUUUGGUAUACUUUAAGGCAACUUUAAGUUCGAACUCUGGGGAACCUCACCCCUUUGGUGUUGGCAGCACCAUCCUAUUUAGCAGCGUUGAGGGAAACGUUGGUGAUGGGUAUAACUCUACAUCUGGGGUAUUCCAUGCCCCUGUCUCAGGUUACUAUCAGUUCCAUGCACUGUUACAAACAGUUGGUUCAGGUGGAGCUGACUUCUCACUGUUGGCCCAGGGCUCUGCGAAAGCAAGAAUCCACCUUCUAGGACCCUGGAGAAGUGUUUCAAUGAGUGUUAUCAUUCACGUCAACAAAGGUGACCACGUGUUCGUUAAAAAGACCUGGCAAAACGGUAACUCCCCAUUAAGACAAGGGGAGUGGUCGCAGUUUUCUGGAUUCCUGCUUAGAAAAGACUGAUUCAACAUCUGUCUACAAGUAAAAGUAAAAUAAAAUGGAUUCACUUUGUUCUCUCUUUC